AUGCUACAGUUGGUAGAGUUAGCUUAUCUAUCUUUACUUAAAUUAUUUCUCAAUUGAUUCCUCAUUUCAUCUCUCUCUCUCUCUCUCACUCACUAUGUCUUUCGAAGACGAAGCUGUUUUCAUCAGGAGAAAAACCAAAAAACAUAUGGAUCAAAAUACCCUCCAGCACUCUACUGAUAAGAAGGAUGCUAUUCAUCAUCAUCAUCAUCAUCACCAUGGGAGCUGCAGUAACAAAUUCAAACGGCGUGAACUGGUGUCUUUCUGGGAAUUGCCAGAUUAUAUGAAAGAUAACGAGUUUAUACUUCAUUAUUACAGAGCUAAUUGGCCUCUCAAGGAAGCUUUCUUUAGCAUAUUCCGUUGGCAUAAUGAAACACUCAAUGUUUGGACGCAUUUAAUUGGUUUUAUUAUUUUUUUGGGACUGACUAUGUCAAAUUUGAUGGAAAUUCCUCAAAUUUCGGAUCUCCUUAGCUUACUCACAAGGUCUUUUCCCAUUAGUGCAGAUACAAAUGUUUCACAUAACUCUGAAGAUUUCUUUGUGGGAGCAACAAAUCUCAUUGAUUUGAAGCAGAUAACGGCAAAUGAAAUGGACAUUACCCCACCGGUGACGCCUGUUACACGGUGGCCGUUCUUUGUGUUCUUAGGCGGCUCUAUGUUCUGCCUGCUUUCAAGCAGCAUUUGCCACCUCUUUUCUUGUCACUCUCAUCAACUAUGCCUCUCAUUGCUGCGAAUUGACUACAUUGGAAUCACAGUGAUGAUCAUCACUUCAUUCUUCCCUCCAAUCUACUACAUCUUCCAAUGUGAACCCCACUGGCAUUUCAUCUACCUUGGAGGCAUCACAGCAAUGGGAAUGUUCACCAUUGUAACACUUUUAGCACCGGCGCUUUCGGCCAGCAAAUUUCGAGCAUUUCGAGCCUUGUUAUUCUGUUCAAUGGGGUUCUUUGGAUUUGUCCCUGCAGUCCAUGCUUCUAUUGUGAAUUGGAACAAUCCCAAACGUGAUAUAACACUUGCAUAUGAAUGCGCCAUGGCCAUUUUCUAUCUUACAGGAACAGCUUUCUAUGUUGCGAGGAUUCCUGAGAGGUGGAAGCCCGGCUGGUUUGAUCUAGCAGGGCAUAGUCACCAGAUUUUUCAUGUUCUUGUGGUGCUUGGUGCAUUGGCACAUUAUGGAGCCACUCUUGUGUUUUUGGAGUGGCGUGAUCGUGUGGGGUGCUUCAAUAUUUUGUGAUCUUUUGUUCUUCAAAUUGUGUUUAACAAAUAUAAGGUGGAAUUAUUAUGUAGCUAUGGGAAUAUUAUUCAUUUGUUUACAAGAUAUAUAUAUAUUUUUUGAAAUAAUGGUUGAAUUGAAGGGGAAAGUGUACAUUUGAUGAGUCA